CACACUAACGUGCUCAAUCACCCGUGGGUAUAUUGUGUGAAAUAUUCUUUGAAUGCGCAUAUAAAUAACCGCACAGAUUGAUGACAAUUCGUCCUGCUAUACAGCGUAAAGAGCUUUUACCACAGGUCUAGAGCUAGGGCCUUAAACAUGUUAACAGAACGCAUGAUCAUCAUCAUGGAAAAGUGUCCGUCGGCGUUGCUUCGUCUCUCCGUUCUGGUGACUGUGCUGCCGAUGUCACGUCUAACACCGACGCGAAACCUCUCCCUAGGGGAGAUUGGUAGCCGGCCCUUCGCUGCAAUCUGGAACACUCACUCCAAUGCCUGCCAGGCAAACUUCGGGAUCGACCUUAAUUUGACGGCAUACAACAUCGCCUCCGGAGCAGACAAUUCCGUGAUUUUCUACAAUGACCAUAUAGGCCUUUAUCCGUUUGUUAAAAACGGUGUUUUUGUCAAUGGUGGUGUUCCACAGCUGGUAAAUCUGUCGGCACACUUGGAGAAAGCCACCAUCGACAUCUUGAACAGAGUCCCGGAUGAUCACUUCAGAGGACUUGCUGUCAUUGAUUGGGAAUAUUGGCAUCCGGAAUGGGAUUAUACCAGGAGACUCUACAAGGACAUUUCAAUCAGUCUGGUGCAACUCCGCCACCCCGACUGGAACACCACACGUCUGGAGAUGGUCGCUAAACUCGAAUACGAGCAAGCCGCCAAAUCUUUGUUUGAAUCCACAAUCCAGUUGGCCAAAGAACUACGACCAGACGCCCUCUGGGGUUUCUACCAUCAUCCGUACUGCCAAUUCAAGACAAUCGCCUACAACUGUUCCGAACUUGCCAUACAAGUUGCAAAGAAGAUGCCUUGGCUGUUUGACGAAGUGACCGCCCUGUAUCCCUCCAUUUAUCUCAGUGAUUCAAAGGACAAAGGGGCCGAGGUGGAGAAUCCAGUCCAGUUUGUGGAGUCAGUUCUUGACGAAACUUUCAGAUGUCGACAGAAAUCCAAACAUCAGUCGACCCCAGUAUUCAGUUACUGUCGAAUUAAAUAUGAAGGAACCGAUCUGUUUCUUAACCUGGAGCACCUACGAGACACCAUUUUAUUGAGUGCAGAGAUGGGCGUGUCUGGGGUAGUGCUGUGGGAUGCGUAUAACGACACCAAAACAAGAGAGGGUUGUAUUGAGGUCCAGAGUUACAUCGCAUCAGCCCUGGGUCCGCUGGUCAAGACCACGACGGAUGCUGCCUUGGAAUGCAGUCAGUCCAUCUGCAGCGGUCACGGUAGAUGCGUCGGGAAGAUUUUGACGUGUGCUAAAACAGCGCCCCCUAUUGAAUUCAUAAGAAAUAGUCUUAAGAGGGCUGUAUUUACUGGGCUCCUCUUGUCCGCUUUGCCGCAUCACGAUUGUGCCUGCCAGUGUUACCAUGGCUGGAGAGGGAAUGAUUGCAGUAUAGCGGUUUGAUAUGGGAUGAUGGUUUAAAUAGUUUACACCUAGACAGCUGUCUGGGUUGUUUCAUGUGGGGGGGUCACAUUUUUGCUGACUUGGUGGUCCCCCUUACUGGAUAAAAAGGUACUGUGACCUUAUUCUGACCUUUUCCUCUCGUUUUUUUUUAUUGGUGGGCAUUGGCGCACUCCCAGGGACACCCUUAAAUCGAUUUAAAUGCCAUUAAAGGGUCUUUGGGGCUGGGGGCAUGAUUUUAAGUGGCCUUCACAAUUUGACGGACAGCGGUCCAUGAUCAGUAAAAUAGCAGGUCGGUGCAUCGGAGGGAUUUAUUUAACAUGUGAACCUUUACGAGAUUGUAAAAACAAUAUACAGAUACAUGUACUGACUGCCUCAAGUGGUGCAGUAUUGCACAGGCUCAGAGCACGCACGCAUGCCGAGAACAGAACACCCAUAUUCAGAACUAGUAAAAACAAAUGCACAGGUUACUGCCAUAUUACAUUCAAAAUUACACAAAUGUUUCAUAAUCUGUGCAGUGCCAUGGGUAAAUUCAGCCCUCAGAACAGGGAAUUUGUGAACAACUUUAGAAUUCUGGCCAUAGUAUUUGGUGAAGUAGAAAAAAAAUCUACUUACUUUAAAUCUGGGCCAUGCAGAUUCCAAACAGUGCAACUGCACCAUUUAGAACGAAACGAUAGCGGCGUCGGAGAGCAAAACAUUGAAGAAACGUAACAGGAGACAGAUACAGCAGGCAAUGUGAGUGCGUUAGGCAUGAAAAAUGACGUGAAAAACAUUUCAUGACAUACCGCUACACAUCAAUACUUUCUUCAGCAUCUCUUUCAACGCACAGUCGACAGUGAAAACAAAGAAAUGUUGACAAUAGGGGCCCGAUUAUAUUGCUCAAUCAGGACAAUCUUAUAAAAGAUAGGGCCUAGCUGUCCAUCUUUCUCAGAAGACAGAUAACGCUGCACCUUACUCAAGCACCUAUAUGGUAUACCUGCCUUGGAUAUGAGCCCAAAGAGGGGGUGUUUAUAUCUAAUUAACUGACACUAACCUCUCUUGUGAGAAGUCGCUCCUGGAAGAUUCUCCCGGCGCCGAGCAUGGCUUGUUAAUCGUCAGUCUUGCAUGAGCAGGUGUGUUCAAGUGUGUGACCGUGUACUACAGCCAACUCCGACAGCAAACACACCCACUGACGAUGCUUAAAUAAGGUCUAAAAAGUCUAAAAUACUACAAGACAAACAACUAAAAUCACAGUAGCUAAACCACACUAGAAAUUCCACAAGGAUGUCACCAAAGGUACAGUCCGCAGUGAGAGCUACAGCAAUACCACACACUACAACAGCGCAAUAUGCACUGCCUCCUAAGCCAAAAACUACAGGCAGUAGCCAACAAGAUGCAUGGUGAUAGCUUGUGCAUAAAAUAACAAUACAAAAGGAAUGUUAAACGUGUCAGCUGCAUCUUGCAAGAGUGGAAUGUUCUAUUUACAACACAGGGGUGACCCUAGAGGAUCAACAAGCCCCAAGAUGUCCAGAUGGACGGACUAAAGGGAGGGAGCAAUUUUCUGUAGUCUGAAGUAAACUGUCUCUUGUUCACAAACAACUGUAUGAAAUGCACGUGUUACGGUGUGCGCGUGGUUACCAAUAAAAUGAACACUCCCGACGAAAAUUUCUCUUUUAAACCGACCGGGGAAGGGAAUGCUUAUGCUCGAGGCGGAUACCAGGUAGCUUGGUCAUCUUGUCCAAGCUUUGUUCCAAUCAUUCACAGUACUAGUCACGAUUCUGUGACGACUCAAUCUCGCUGACAGUGACCGGUCCACUCAGGCAAUAAAAAAGGUGGUGACCUCAAUGACCUCUAUCCAUAAUACGUGCACAGCCUAGAAUUCUGUAAAUUUACAAAGGAAUCCUAUGUCAGUUUGCAUUUAAAGAGUUGCAUGUGUGAAUACAGGGCCCGCCUUGAGCAGAAGCAAAUCCUCAUCGGUUGAAAGAGUCAUGCUGGUUGGGAGUGUUCGGUUUUUUUUUUGUGGUAGCGACGCGCACGCAACGCGUGUAAUUCAUAGUCGUUCGUACACCAGCGAAGUGCAGUUCCUACCAAAGGAGCCUCCAUUGCUAGGAAAAUAGCGCCCUCUCUUUGUCCAGCUUGGGGCACGUGCAGAGGCAAACAAGUGGACGGUUGUCUGCCUGAACAGAGUUGGAGUUGUGUACAAUCAUACCUCAUUGGUUAGAGGCCUGUCAGAUUUUGGAGAUGACCUUGUUACAACAGCAGCCUUGGAUUAUUAGGAAAGAAAACAAGAACAAAGGAUGUAAAUAGUCUAUUAUAUUCUAUGUUAAUGCUGCACCACUGGAAGAUUUGACUCAAUUUGUUGUGGGGGCCCUAAUGUGCAACCCGUAAAUCUAUAGUUUUGUUUCCAGAAUUCCAAGUGAAUUUUGUACUACGUAAAGCUUCAGCACGUGGAAACAAAAGCUAUUAGGCCUACAUGUAUGAGGUCAUAUUUAAAAAUGUAAAGUGGUGAUCAAUUAAACAUCCCGUUCCAA